UGCACCUUGAGAUCCUUGGAAGAUAAAGGUGGUAUAGAAAUGUAAUAAAUAAAAACAAACAGAUAAGGUAUUUGCGGGGGCAGGGGUACUUAAAUGCAAUACAGCCCAAACAACAGCUGAUCUGAGCAUCUUAAAUAUGGAGAAGACCAGCCCUUUAUGCCUCAGGAGCAUCUGCCUUGCGCUCCAGCUGCUGCUGCUGCUGCCGCCGCCCCAUUGCGCUGUGCCCUCCCCACCGGGGCAACCCACGCCUGCUUGUUCAAUGCUGCUUCUGGUAGGCCGAGCAUGUUGCAUGCCCAUCUUUGGGCCGGGCUCCGGUUGCAGGGCCCUCCCCCUUGCCGCCUGCUAAAGAUAGCCAGGGCUCGUUUUGCGCCCAGCCCCGAAAGUUGCGUCUCUGACUGACAGGGAUGCGUGCUGGACAGUGACAGAGCCGGCCCGGCUGGCUUGCCUGCCUGCCUGCCUGCCUUUGUGGGGGUCUGGAUCCCCGACCCAGGAGAUGGCUUUGCUCUGCUACAACAAGGGAUGCGGGCAGAAGUUUGACCCGGAGAAGAACACGCAAGACUCCUGCCUCUACCACCCGGGUUUACCCAUCUUCCACGAUGCCUUGAAGGGCUGGUCUUGCUGCAAGAAAUGAACCACAGACUUCUCAGAAUUCCUCUCCAUAAAGCUCAAUAUUGUCUACACGGACUGGCAGUGGCUCUCCAGGGUUUACGGAUCUCUUUCAGCCCUACUUGGAGACACCAAGGAUGGAAUCUGGGAACUUCUGCAUGCAAAGCACUGAGCUAUGGGCCCCAUCCUAUCUCAAAGGCUUAGAACAGGGCUGCACCAAAGGGUAUCACAGCAAUGAGAAGCCUCCAGAGCCAGAGGAGGCCUUGAGCGAGCCAAAGGUCAAGACAAGCACUGAGGUCGUCAUCCAGUCAGCAGAGAUGAUGCGGCGUGAGAGGCCCAGUUCUGAUGAGCCUAAGCAGCUGCUGCCAGUGAAAGUGUCUGGAUCUCUGGCGCAGGCCCUGAGCAAGCUGGAUUUGUCCCCCAAGGACCAGCCGCCAGUUCAUGGCUCAGCAGAUACUUCUUCCCUGGAGGUGAGCGCUGCCACCACCUGCAAGAACUCUGGCUGCAAGGCGGUUUACCAGGGGGAAGAAAGCAAUAGGGAGACCUGCACAUUCCACCCUGGGGUGCCUGUCUUCCAUGAAGGCAUGAAAUACUGGAGCUGCUGUGGAAUGAAAACCACCGACUUCACAGCAUUCCUGGAACAAAAGGGUUGCAGCCGAGGGAAGCACACCUGGGUGAAGAAGCAGCAGGACAAGAAGCUGGUCUCUUGCUGGCAUGACUGGCACCAAACUGGCAGCCAAGUGGUGGUGACCAUCUAUGCCAAGACCCCUCGGCCAAAUCUCAGCUCUGUGAAGGCUAACCGCACGACGCUAGACAUUCAUAUUACUUUUGAAGGAGAUAAGGUUUUCCAGGCAAAGUUGGAUCUCUGGGGGGUCAUCAAUGUGGAGAAGAGCUUUUUGAACAUGUUGCCCUCCAAAGUGGAAAUUACCCUGAAGAAGGAAAACGCUGUCACCUGGGCUAGGCUGGAGCACCCCCAGAGCAAACCACAAACCCUGCAACAGCAGCUGGAGACAGACAGCUCGGAAAGCCAGGAAGCCAGAGGAGCUAAUCCUGAAGAGGAGUCUGACGACAGCUUGAGCUGGUCAGAGGAGGAGGAGGGGGAGGAACGGGUGGAAGGAGAGAGGAGCCAAGCCCUCCCUGCUAGCCACGUCUCUGAUGGGAAGUGAGUCGCAGCUGAGUGCUGCAGCCUGUGGAAUUGGGCAUGGGCUGGUUUGUUCCCAGCUCUGAUCUGUGUUGCUGAAAACAGGGGCACCAACCGGGUGCUACAGGAAGAAUGCCCACUGUUUGCCAGGGUCAGACUAUGCCUGGUGCUCCUCCUCCUCCUCUGUCCAGGGCUGCAGAGCUGUCUGGACUGGGAUGCAGGGGAAGGGAGGUGGGGGGCAUAUCCAGGGUGGUGGGAACCAGUGUCUGGAAUUUCCCCAUCCCCUCUUUUGUUUGUGUCUCUGUUGCAUCUCAUUCAUGGAAUAAGAUAAACUUUCUUCAAUAAAAAGGAAGAUGAAAAAUAUACUCUGAAAGUACC